UCGCAGUCUAAAAUACAAAAUGACCUAAAUACCCCUAUCUAAUUUGGAAAAUUACACCAAAAAACCUAAACCUACUUCUCAUCAUUCAUUCCACGACAGAGACUCAGAGAGCCAUCCUUCGACAACGUGAGAAGAGAAACGAGAUCCUUCGCACCGAAGCUGGAUCUCUUCGCAGCUGGAUCUCUCCGCCGGAUCUCUCGCCGGAAUCCACUCCUCUUUGAUCUUCUCACUCCACUCCACUCCUCUUUGAUCUCUCCGCCGGCUGUCUUCUUCUCUCUCGUGCGUGGGUUUAGGUGUUACGAUUGAAUUAGCUGCGACCAUUGUUUGAGAGGUGUUACGGAUUGAAAUCGCUGCAACCACUGUUUGAGAGAUGUUUUUGAAAACGUAUGACUAGCGAGAGUGCUACAUCUCCGGCGAUUCGGCCUCCGCAGGUGGAGCAGCCACCGCCGCAUGAGAUUCCAGUCAUCUCUGAACUCAUUUCCGCCGCUCCUCCCUCUCCGGCGCCACAAAUUACGAUGAUGGAUAUUGUGAAUAGCAACGGAAUUUUAACAGAUCAAUUGGUUGACGAAGAACCAUCUUUUUACAAGUAUCUGGAUAGCGAUGAGUAUGCUGAGAAGUAUCGAAGAUACGAAGCUGACUUUAGGAAGUAUCUCAUGGAUAAGCACUUCUCUCAAGUGGAUGAAUAUGAGGAGACAACAACAAUUGAUGGUGAAACCAUUUGUUCAAGCGUGUGGCCUUGUGCACGUUGGUAUGCAGACCCGGAUGCUUCGUUUCUAGACCCGCCACAAUGCAUCGAAGAAGAAGAAGAUGAAGUAGAAGAAAUGGAAGAAGUAGAAGAGGUUGAAGAAGAAGUUGAAGUAGGAGAAGUAGAAGAAGUAGAAGAAGAACAAGAAGAGGUCAUUGAUUCAGUUGCAGAGAUACCCAAUGGUGAAAUCCCCAAUGGAGGUACUGUCUUAGAGGACACUUGUGAUGUUGGCAAGAAACCAGAUAUGCCCAUUUAGUUUUUUUGUUCUGUUUUUGGUGUUAACAAUGUUUGUUGAACCUUUUGCUUAAGUUGAUUUGCUUCUUUAGACCAAUCAUGUGAAACAAGUAGAUAUUUAACAAUAAUAGCUACUGCAUUGUUGUUAUCCAUUAUCUACAUACAAAUUCAAGUGAUUGCUAGUGUAGUAGUCACUAGUCACA